UCAGGAGGAGGAGCCAUCUUCGUCAUCCAGUGAAGAGGAGGAGAGUGACGGGAGACAGAAUGAAGAGCUGUUUGGGAAGGUGGUGUGUGUUGAGGGGGGUUCUGCCUCUGCUGGAGACUGGAAGAACAAGACCACAGCGUGGUACCCUGCCCUGGUCAUCACCCCAGACUGCCAUGAAGAGGCCAUCAUAAAGAAAGACAGCAUCUUCAUCCGCUCCUUCAAGGAUGGAAAAUUUAACACAGUGCUGAGGAAGGACGUGAGGGUGAUGGACACAGACUCCCCUCCUAAUGCUGACGCAGGGCUCAAACCAGCGCUGGAUGAGGCUCUGGAGUUUGUGCAUCAGGCGGCAGUGCCCAGCUCCUGGAGGACAGAGGUGAAGGACGAGAGUUCCAGCAGUGAGGAAGAUGAUGAUGAUGAUGAUGAGGAAGAACAGGAGGAAGACGCCAGCGAUGACGAGGAGGAGGAAGUGGAGCCCUUCCCCGAGGAGAGAGAGAACUUCUUGCAGCAGCUAUACAAGUUCAUGGAGGACAGAGGAACCCCCAUCAACAAGAAACCAGUGCUGGGCUACAGGAACCUGGACCUCUUCAAGCUCUACAGACUGGUGCAGAAACUGGGAGGCUUCCAUGAUAUUGAGAGUGGAUCCGUAUGGAAGACUGUCUACCAGGCUCUGGGAAUCCCUGUGCUUAACUCUGCCGCCGGCUACAACGUCAAAUGUGCUUACCGCAAGUACGUAUUGCCACACCAGCCCUGUGCUCUUCAUAUUACAGCU